ACUAAACCUAAAAUGGAAAAAGGGGAAGAACUGAACACCACUCCAUCCUACGCUUAAGGAGUUGUACGUUUGAAUCGCUGCAGCAACUCACAGGAUUCCGGCUCAGGAACAGAACUCUAAUCCACUGACCCUUUUUCCUUUCUGAACAAUUGACCCAGUUUUGAGAAUCAAUUCAAAUCGAGCUUCGUUGAUAUCGAAGAUCCAGUUGCGAAAAAUCCAAUCUUGACUAAAAAAUGAGGGGAGGUGAUGGAAUCCUCGGAGUGAGGAGCAGCGCCAGAUCACCCGAAGCAAACAGUCCCAAAAUCCGAACUCAGUUUCUGGGAAGACGAGAGAAAUGGCUAGUGAUUCUUGGAGUAGCACUCCACGCAAUCUACAUGCUCAGCAUUUUUGACAUUUAUUUCAAGACCCCAAUCGUCCACGGCAUGGAGCCCGUCACGCCGCGGUUCUCGGCCCCUGCGAAGCGUCUCGUGCUGCUUGUUGCGGACGGUUUGAGGGCGGACAAGUUUUUCGAGCCUGAUUCAAAUGGGAGCUACAGGGCGCCGUUCUUGAGGAGUGUGAUCAAGGAGCGCGGUCGUUGGGGGGUGUCGCACGCCCGGCCCCCUACGGAAUCUAGGCCUGGACAUGUUUCUAUUAUUGCUGGUUUUUAUGAAGAUCCUAGUGCCGUUACUAAAGGAUGGAAAGCAAAUCCGGUUGAGUUUGAUUCUGUGUUUAAUAGGAGCCGGCAUACUUUUGCAUUUGGCAGCCCGGAUAUUAUCCCUAUAUUUUGUGGUGCCUUGGAGCAUAGCACAUGGAACUCUUAUCCUCAUGAAUAUGAAGAUUUUGCGACUGAUGCAUCAUUUUUGGAUGAAUGGUCCCUGGAUCAAUUCGAGGGCCUCUUGAACAGGUCUAAAGAAGAUGUGAAACUGAAGCAACUUCUUCAACAAGAUAAUCUUGUUGUAUUCCUGCACCUGCUUGGUUGUGAUUCAAAUGGUCAUGCUCAUCGGCCUUACUCAACCAUAUAUCUCAAUAACGUUAGAGUUGUUGACCAAAUUGCUGAAAGAGUUUAUAAUCUUGUUCAGAAUUACUUCAAGGACAAUUCGACAGCCUUUGUUUUUACUGCUGAUCAUGGGAUGAGUGACAAAGGGAGUCAUGGAGAUGGGCAUCCGUCAAACACUGACACUCCCCUCGUUGCUUGGGGAGCUGGUGUUCGACCACCUGUUCGAACUUUUGAAAACCAUCACCAUGAAAACACUGUUCGCUUUGUUGAUGACCAUGUUCAUGAUAUGCCUACACCAGCUGACUGGGGUCUCAAUGGCUUCGAGAGACAGGAUGUGAAUCAAGCUGAUAUAGCACCAUUGAUGUCAACUCUUGUAGGUUUGCCGUGUCCUGUUAACUCAGUUGGAAAUUUGCCGCUUGGAUUUGUUAAUCUUAGUAAGGUUGACGAAGUUGAAGCUGUGUUGGCCAACACAAAGCAAAUUCUCAAUCAAUUUCUUCGGAAAUUGCAAUUAAAGCAGUCAAAUUUGUUGCGUUUCAAGCCUUUCAAACCCUUGAACGAUUAUUCUUUUGUCUUGGAUCAAAUCGAGCACUUGAUAUCCAUUAGCGAUUAUGAGGCUGCAAAAAUGCUAUCUGAAAAUCUCCGAAGUUUGGCACUAGAAGGGCUUCACUAUUUUCAAACCUAUGAUUGGUUUCAGCUGAUGACUGUAAUUUCUCUUGGCUACCUUGGAUGGAUGGUUUAUCUCAUGGUCCAUGUGUUGCAAGAGUAUACCUCGUUGCCAAGAAAGUUUUUCCAAAAUGACCAAUCAGUUUACCUGCAGACAAACACGAAGAAGAUAUACUUCUUAGGAUGUCUCCUGAUGGGGUUGGUGUGUGUUAUACUGCUAGUCGAACACUCUCCUCCCCUCUAUCAUGCAUACUUUGCAAUGACAAUUUUUCUUUGGGUCCGAAUCUUCCGUGAAUAUCGGUUUCUGAGAGCACUUUGGAGUUACAUGCUUGGAAAAGAAAUACGUUAUUUUGCAAAACUUUUGGCCAAACUUUUGGCCAGCUUUAUUGUAUCUGUGUUCGUUCUUGAAAUCCUGGUUAAAAGCUUCAUGGACAGGAAAAUCUACACCUGGAUUUUCUUGAUUAUUGGGGUUUUUGCUUCAGUGUAUCUUCAAUACUCUAUGCCAUGGGGCUCAGGAUUACCAGUUUUUGUAUGGCUAGCUUGCUGGUUUUUGUCAAUUUUUACUUUGAUGCCUGCUGAAAUCCCAGAUAAUACUAAACUAGUAGUUUCCAGUGGGUUCAUGAUUGUAAUAAUUGGAGUAGCUUCAAGAUACCUGGAUAUGUAUUCUAGAGAGAGUAAAUUUUGGCUCUCUCUCACUCAUGAAGUGCAGAAGUCCAAAUCGAAUAUCAUAUUCCUCUUUCAGGUGUUGCUGGUUGCUUUUUCAGCAGUUAUGGUGCCCUUAUCAACAUAUCGUAGAACAGAGAAGCAGGAAUUGCUUGUAUUACACCAAGUGAUAAAUUGGUCAAUUGCUGGUAUGUUUGGCCUUUUCUUUACUUUGCCAUUUCAUUUAUCCAUCUAUUGGUUUUCUUGGUCUGGCUAUAGAUGGUUACACCAAAUAACUGAUCGAAUUGUUUACUUUAUCUGCUUCACAGGUAUUUCGAUCGUUCUGCCACUUUUCUCACCAACUGGUCUCUUGUCAAGGCUUACUUCCAUAUUCCUCGGUUUUGCACCUGCAUUCCUCCUGCUUUCUAUAGGAUAUGAAGCUGUAUUCUAUGGUGCUCUUGCACUUGCGCUUAUGGCAUGGAUACUUUUCGAAAACGCCUAUCUCCACAUAAGUCAGACGAGCAAAUCUUCAAGUUCUACCUCAGCUAUGGAGGAUGACCUAAUUUUGGAAUCUAAUGAAAGAUGCUUGCGGUUGUCUGAUAUGCGCAUUCCCUUAGCAUUUAUGGUCUUCUUCAACAUUGCAUUCUUCGGAACUGGCAACUUUGCAAGUAUAGCAAGUUUUGAGAUCUCUUCCGUUUAUCGGUUCAUCACAAUCUUCAAUCCGUUUCUGAUGGCAGCCCUGCUCAUUUUCAAAUUGCUGAUACCUUUCAUGCUCGUUGUGUGCACGUUUACUGCAAUUACCAAAAUGGUGAAAGUUCCAUUACUGGGAUGCUAUUUUCUGGUGAUAAUAUGCUCGGACAUCAUGACAGUUCACUUCUUCUUCCUGGUACGGAAUACGGGAAGCUGGAUGGAAAUCGGGAACAGCAUCAGCCAUUUCGGAAUCAUGAGCGCUCAGGUUGUUUUUGUGCUUCUGUUGUUUGCUGUCACCACUCUUUACACUAAACACAUCCAGAUUAGAUCAUCCAAACGCCAUUCUCGAAAGCAUAUGUGAUUUUUCACAUUCCUUUUCUUCUCAAACUUCUUCACUUAAUUCAUUCAUGCCCAAAUUUUGUGACAUCUCAUUUGCAAUUUGUAUAAGUAAAAGAAUUGAUUUUUCC